CCGCCGCGCAACACCGCCGAUCGAGCACUGCCCUGGACGACAUCAUCUCGCUGGACGACAUCCUCCUCCUGCAUCCCAAAGUCGCUCGGCCAGGCACCAACUGCGCCGUUUUCACACUGUCGUUUAUUUGAAAGCGAAUCCACAAGCACAAGCACAAGCACAAACACACGCUCCAUCGACGAUGCUGUCAGCCCGUCUCUUUUCUGUCACCACCACCACCACCGGCGUUGUCGCUGGCUGCCGUCGGUCGCUGCUGUCCCAGCUCGCCCGGCCUGUUGCUACUCCUGCUCCAGUGGUCCGGCGCCUCUUUGCCUCGGAGGCCGUCAAGCCUUCCAUGUCUCUGCUAGCCAAGCUGCGCAAAGAGACGCAGUGCUCCAUUUCCAAAGGCAAAGAUGCCCUCGUCGCGACCGGCAACGACUAUGCCGCUGCCCUGGAAUGGCUCGAGCGAGACAUGGCCGAAUCGGGCGCCAAGAAAGCCGCCAAGCUCGGCAGUCGAGUCGCUGCGGAGGGCCUGAUCGGUGUCACCGUCCAUCCCAACGGCCAGCUCGGCAGCAUCGUCGAACUCAACUCGGAAACCGACUUUGUCGCAAAGAGCGAGCCCUUCUGCGACCUGGUCAAGAAGAUGGGUGCGGCCACCCUGGUCUGGUCAUCCGAGAUCAAGGACCGCCACGAUCCGAUCCAGUGGCAGCAGGGCCCAUCCAUCCACCCUCUCGAUGUCGAGGCCGUCUUGGACUUUCCCGUGGUCCCGCUGCCGGAUGCUGCCCCGGCCGCCGAAGCUGCCGAAGCGCCAAAAUCGUGCAAGGAAACCAUCGUUGAUGUGAUCGGCAAGCUCGGCGAGAACAUUCGCUUCCGCAGGGCUGCACUGGCCAUGCCCUCGGGCGACUUUCUCAAGACGGCCCAGAGCCCCGUCAACGUCGUUGGCGGCUACGUCCACUCCCAGAGCGGCGUGCCGGCGGGUCUGGGUCGCAUCGGUGCUCUGGUGCAGCUCAAAUGCAUCCCUGUUCCGACCACGCAGGCGCCCAAGGUCCAGCAGUUCGCUCGCCAGCUUGCCCAGCACAUUGUGGGAUUCGCCCCAACGGUCAAGUCGACCCACGAACUCCCAUCGGGCGACCAGCUCGCCGAGCUGGCGGGCGGUCCGGACCAGGUCGAGGCCUAUCUGGAUCAGUAUGUGCUGCUGCGACAGCCCUUCCUGAUGGGCGGCGGAUCUGUGGAGCAGGUUCUGGCCACCUUUUCACAGGAAAACGGUGUGCAGCUCAGCAUCGAUGCCUUUGUUCGGUACGAGUGCGGCGACGGCAUUGAGAAGAAGGCCGACAACUUUGCCGAAGAAGUGGCACGCCAGGUCGGAACCAAGGCGUAGAUCCGUCGAGGAGGGUUGUGGCCUCGUAGGAAAGCAGGAUCGGGUUUGUCGGAUCGAUCGGCCCAAAGGAGACGGAAACACCAUGCUGUUGCGUGCCGCCCAGCCGGUUCUGCAAAUACAGCUUGUCAAUCGACCCGUUGAGCAGAUGCAGAGAGCCAGAGCAAUGCGGGACUCGGCAAUCUGGCCCGGUCCACGAACAUAUGGGCAGAUGAUGGGCAGAUGAUGGGCAG